AUGGCCUCCUCUCCUCUCCACCUCUUCCUCCUCCUUCCCCUGCGCCUCCUCUUCCUCCUCCCGCUGCUCGCCGCGGCCAAACCCGUCCUCGAGAACGGUUACACGGUCACCACCUUCGCCGACCUGAACCCGCUCCCGGCCUCUGGGCCGUACCCCUACGCGAUCCUCCCGCGGCUCCACGCCGGCGACCUCCUCCUCCUCGACUCCGCCGGAUCCGCGCUCUACACCCUCUCCCUCUCCUCCUCCCCCGGCGAGCCGCGCAGGCUAGCGGGGGGCAAGCGGGGCUCCGGGUUCGACGACGGCGACGCCGCCUUCGACCGCCCGCGCAGCGUCGCCGUCGAUGCCGUCGACAACGUCUACGUCGCCGACCAACGCCACGGCGCCGUCCGCAAGGUCGCGCCCUCCGGUUAUACUACUACGAUUGCCGGAGGCCUCUCAUCAGGGCAUGGUCGCAGGGAUGGACUGGCACAGAAUGCUACUUUCUCGGCAGAUUUUGAGCUUGUUUAUGUCCCCAAAAUUUGUGCCCUGUUAGUAGCUGACAGAGGAAAUCGAAUGGUUAGACAAAUCAAUCUAAAGCCAGAAGAUUGUGCACAUGAAAAACAGUCAGGCUUGGGAACUACAUCGGUGUCGGUCAUUGCAAUAUUGUGUGCAUUGCUCGGUUCAAUUAUUGGGUUCUUAGUUCGCCAUUUUUACCCUGUCAAUGAAGUCUCCAUCAACCACUUUUUCAGCAGGAUGCAGAAGCAAUUCCUGAGGACACAGAGGAAGGCAACUCUGAUCAGCUUCUGCGACAUAAAAAGCGCAGUUGCUAGCUCCAUGGGCUACACCCUCCUGCUUAGACUGAUCAGACUUGGCCGUGGCUAUCUAGCCAUGGUGUUCCCUAGUGUUAGGUUACAGCAAGAAGUUCCCCUUAGGCCUUCUCGGCGUCGUCCUGAGUUACGCAAAACUAGCACUGCUCCUAACAUUGGUCUUAACAGCAAAGCUCCCCUUCCUCCUACUGGGCAACUGGGGGAUCUGAUAAGCUUUGCUGGAGAUGCCGGUGAUAAGGAGGGUAGUGGUAAUGCCAAUAGUCAGGAGGGUAAGGUGCCAUCUUAUGAGGGUGACUUGAUGGGUCUUCUCUACAUCCCACCUGGCAGCGUUAAGAAAAUUGAUCACAUGAUCGAGACCAACCUAUCCGGCUUUUCAAGCCGUGUGAAUCGUCGUAGAUUAACUGUUAGUGGUUGUAGUGUAAGCAGGAGGGUGCAUGGAGACAAAUAA